AUGGAGAAAGGUAUCCAGUACGUGAGAGAAUUAGCUGUGCUGGAGAUAAUCUAUAGGGAUUCAAAUAAUGAGCAGUCCCCUGUAGAUCCAGAUGAGGUCCAGUGUACACAAUCCAUGUGGUGGAAGUUUGUAUGGAGUAUGCCAUCAUUGUAUGCCAACUCAUUGGCACUGGUGUCAAUGAAAGAAGAACAAACAGUGCUUCAGGGGGAAAGGAACAAUGGCUUUGAUGUCCUCUAUCACAACAUGAAACAUGGACAUUUGUCAACAAAAGACUUGGCAGACUUUAUAAGAGAAAGGGCUGCGAUAGAGGAGGCAUAUUCAAGGUCAAUGACAAAACUAGCCAAAUCAGCGAGCAAUUACACACAACUUGGGACAUUUGUACCAGUUUGGGAUGUUUUCAAAACCUCAACAGAAAAACUGGCAAGCUGUCACUUGGACCUCAUGCGGAGAUUACAAGAGCUAAUAAAAGAAGUUCAUAAGUAUGGAGAUGAACAAAUCAAAACUUAUAAAAAGACUAAAGAAGAUGUUUCAGGAACAUUAGAAGCAGUGCAAAAUAUUCAAAGUAUCACUCAGGCCUUACAAAAAUCAAAGGAAAACUACAAUGCAAAGUGUGUUGAACAAGAACGUUUGAAAAAGGAAGGAGCAACACAGAGAGAAGUUGAUAAGGCAGCAGUUAAAUUGAAAAAAGCUACAGAUACCUAUAAAUUGUAUGUGGAGAAAUAUGCUGCAGUUAAAUCUGCUUUUGAACAGAAGAUGACAGAAACUGCACAGAAAUUUCAAGACAUUGAAGAAACACACCUUCUUCAUAUGAAAGAGAUUAUAGAAUCAUUGUCAAAUACCAUAAAAGAAAUUCAUUUGCAAAUAGGAGAGGUGCAUGAAGAGUUUAUUGAUAACAUGACAAAUACUACGGUUAAGAGUUUAAUACAGAAAUUUGCUGAGUCAAAAGGAACUGGCAAGGAAAGACCUGGCCCUAUUGAAUUUGAGGAAUGUAACACAUCCAAUGCAGUUGAAGGGAUAAAACCACGAAAGAGGAAGCCUUUUGGUUUUUCAGGAAUAAUGAAAAAAGAAAAAGAUAUUGAGUCUAUGAUGUGUCCAGAUACAGACUCAGUUAACAUUCCUGAUAUAGAUGAUGAAGGAUACAGCAUUAAACCAGAAGCAUCACAGGAUACCAAAAAGAACCAUUGCUAUUCAUCCAGUGAUUCUGACUCUGAAGAUGAUGAACCCAGGAGGUUCCAUGUAGAAAUAAAACCUGUCCAAACAAAUGAUAGCUCUCAAUAUACCAUACCUUCUUUGGAUGAAUUAAAAGUAUCUAUAGGGAACAUUGCUCUUUCUCCAGCAAUAUCUCAGAAACAGAGUUCUGUACAAACUAAUCAAAAUGCAUCCAGUGAAGAGUUAACAAAAUCAAAGCUUUCUACUCCAGCUAAUGAAAAGGGAAACAGUGACCUUCUGGCAUGGAAUCCACUCUUAAGCAGUUCUCUUGAAUCUUCCUCUUCAGGCCUCAUGGUAUCCUCAUCCUCCUCAGCAAGACCCACAAAUCGUCUUUCUGUAGGCACCAUUGUCCCCCCUCCAAGGCCUGCUUCAUCACCAAAAUUGUCUACAGGGAAAUUUAGUGGAAUUAAUGAAAUACCUAGGCCAUUCAGCCCUCCAUUGACCUCUAACUCAAGUCCACCACCUGCAACUCCCUUGGCACAUGCAGAGAGCAGUUCCUCAAUAUCCUCUUCUGUUUCCCUCAGUACAGCAAACACACCUACAGUUGGUGUUUCACGUGGUCCCAGCCCUGUGAGACUUGGAAACCAGGAUACCGUGCCUGUUGCAGUAGCCCUUACUGAGUCUGUUAACGCCUACUUUAAAGGAGCAGAUCCCACAAAAUGUAUUGUGAAGAUUACUGGUGAUAUGACAUUAUCGUUCCCAAGUGGGAUUAUUAAAGUCUUCACCAGUAACCCAUCUCCAGCUGCGCUCUGCUUCAGGGUAAAAAACACAAGCAAACUAGUCCAGAUUCUUCCAAAUGCACAACUUGUAUACAGUGAUCAGUCACAAAGUGACUCUAGUAGUAAGGAUUUUUGGAUGAACAUGCAAGCCAUAACUGUCUACCUCAAGAAAUUAUCUGAGCACAAUCCAUCUGCAUCCUAUUAUAAUGUGGACGUUUUAAAGUAUCAGGUCUCUUCAAAUGGCAUCCAGUCCACUCCCUUGAAUCUUGCAACUUACUGGAAAUGUAGUGCUAGCACUACUGAUGUGAGAGUGGAUUAUAAGUAUAAUCCAGAGUCUAUGAAUGUGCCUAGUAUGCUGUCUAAUGUGCAGGUUGUUGUACCAGUAGAUGGAGGAGUAACAAACAUGCAAUCACUUCCACCCGCAAAAUGGAAUGCAGAUCAGGUGAAAGCUUAUUGGAAAAUAUCUAGCAUUUCAGAGAAGUCUGAAAAUGGAGGUUCUGGAUCACUCAGAGCAAAAUUUGAACUUUCAGAAGGACCCAGUAAACCAGCAACACUUGCAGUGCAAUUCAUUAGUGAAGGAAGUACCCUUUCAGGAAUAGAUGUAGAACUAGUAAGCACUGGCUAUCGACUUUCUCUCCUUAAGAAGAGAUUUGCCACUGGUAAGAUACUGACAUCCCAGGUUCGGCAUGUUCUGGAUAUAUUUGCUUUGCUCUGUUACGUCCUGAAAGGGACCGAGGCCUUCGACAGAUACCCAGUGACAGUUGGUGCCCCAUGUGGACCAGACGAACAGAAGAAAAGACUGUCGACUAUUGCCUGGGUCGUAGGGGUAUUGCGACCGGAGGCAGUGCCGCGGGGCUGUGCAAUGCACCUACGACCACAUCCCCGGCGUCGGGUCCCUACGCCGUGGCGCCGGAUGCCAGCACGGUUGUGCCGAGUCCGCUCGCGUCAGGUGAUUGCGGGACGGUGCCGGGUGCCAGCGCGGUCGUGGCGGGUCCAUCUGCGGCGUCUGCUGCGGGGCCCGCGGACCAUAGCGGCGCACCGGUGGCCGCAGCUCCGUGUGCAGACGUGGCGCCCGGUGUGGCUGCGAUGCCGGGCGGGGUGCCGAGCGGCACGCUACCGGGGGUCGCAGUGCUCGCAGAUCCCCGCGGUGCGCCGCCGGCGGAAAGGCGCCGUGGGCGGUCUCGGCUCCGAAUGGUGCGACCGUGCAUGCAUUCACAACGAGUCCAUAUGUGCCGGUGACUCCGGCGCCGACCCCGACCCCGAUCAGCGGGCUGCCGGCGAUUGUGCCAGGUGCGGCGCCGGCUUCGAGCGGCGCCGCGUCGUCAGCGACGGUCACGUCUCCUUUUGCGCGUCUACAGCAGCGUUGGCUCUGGGAGGUUCCAGGCUAGCAGUCAAGCGUCCAGGUGGCACAAACCUCGUGACCGUGGAGAUGGGGGAUUUGGUUCUACUGGCGCACCACGAGUCCUUUGGUCCAUGCCAAUCUCUGCGCAGCGUCCACAACUGA